UUUCCUCAUCCAUUGGCUGCACUUUCCCAUUCUGUUCAUAGGAAAAGUGCAGUCAGCACCAGACGUGGUAGCUCGUUUCGGGGGGGACGUCACCCUGAGCUGCCUCUUCCCGUCCCAGCCUGGGAUGAACCUCCAGCGUCUGACCCUCACCUGGCAGAAGGGGCGGGCGGGGGCAGAGGACCUGGAGGUUCAUAGUUAUUAUUACGGGAGGGAGCAGCUGGAGAAACAGGACGAGGUUUAUAGGAACCGGACCCAGCUGGAUCCAGCGGGGCUGGCCUGGGGCGAUGCGUCCCUGACGCUGAGGGGCGUCCGCACCCAGGACGAGGGCGUCUACCUCUGCCACGUCACCUCGGAGCUGGGCAAGACGUCUGAACGCACGGAGCUGAGAGUGGGAGCCCCGUUCAGCGAGCCCCAGCUGACCUUCAGCCUCUCCAGCGCCGGGGUCACGCUGACCGUCCGCACGGGGGGGGGCGGGUACCCCGCGGCCACGGUGCAGUGGCUGGACGAGGCAGGCAGGGACGUCACAGCAGAAGGUGCCACGGAGCAGCAGGUGGAUGAACAGGGGCUCUACCAUGUCACCAGCUGGGUCACGGUGCCGCCUGCGACCCACAGCGCCAGGCUGACCUUCAUGUUAACCCCUCAUGUGCUGGGGGCACCAAUUACCCGGCCGAUGAGCCUGCAGCUGAGCCCAGGGCCCGGCUGGAUCCCGCUCCUGGAGGAAGGCUGA